UCAUAGUGAAAUCAUUUUGUGUCGAACGUUCGUUUUUUACAAGGUUCAAAAAAUGAAAAUCCUCCUUCUAUCGAUCUUGAACUCGGUUUUAUUCAUUCAUCAAUCAAUAGAUGCUCAAAACCAGUUCGACCCACUCUUGCUGGAACAUGCUAACAGUUCAUCGAUCGAUUGGUACAAGUAUGACCUACCACGAAAUAUCCCAUCAGUAAACGACAAAAACACAAUAUCCGUAUGCCCGAUUGAAACAGAAGAAGAAAAAAUGAAUUUAGAAAUAAUUUCUCAAAGUUACUCUCAAGCCAAGUAUUGCCUUUACGAGAAAAACUUCAAUCAAUAUGAGCCAAAACUAUGCACAGAGCAACCGAAACCGUGGCUGAAAUUCGUCGAAGAAAAUGAACACCAAUGUGGAACAUUAGAAAAGUACAAAUCAUAUGAUAUUGGAUUUUACUUUUGUGGAAAAUCAACGUCAUUAACAGGUUUGCGGGGAGUACAAAACGAUCAUUUAAAAAUCAAAUGGUUUGAAAACAUUUUGAAGCGACGCAAACAAUGCGAAACAACGGUGCCUUUUUUCUUUGAUAUAUAUAGGCUUUGUAUCGAUGUUUCAAAUGCAAAAGCUUGGAAGACAAUCCACGAAAUUCAGACACCCGUCAUGUUUACAGAAGAUGAAGAAAAAUUACAACUUGAAACAGGCAAUGAUUUGGAAAUUGGUACCGACGCUAUACUCUUUGAGGAAAAUACCUUCGUUAAUUUGAAGCAAAAAUACGAUGAACAAGAUGAGGCAUCUGAAAAAAUGAUACCAACGUUUAUGGUGCCAAAAGAACACGUAGCAUUGCGAGCAUGGAGAUACACUGUCAAUCAUUUCAUCAACGUAGCUCCUUUGUGGUACAAGUUGGAAAAAUUAAUGACGGCCAUUAACCAAGGACUUAAAAAAAUCGCUCUCAAAUUGCACACAAACACGUCUCCCGUUCGUAUCUACACCACAGUGAUCGAUUCGAUAGAAGAAGAAGCAACUCGUGACAUUAAAAACAAUCCGGCACAAUUUAGCAACAAUGUUUGGUACAAAUUUAUCAUCGAAUCCAGAACUCAAACUGCGGCGUUUGUAGUUUUACAUAAUACACCAAAUUCGCCACCAGUAAAGAAAAUUUGUCUGAAAGAAAUGCCUUGCAAUUUAAAGAAUUGGUAUGAAAAAGAUCAUAAUGAUGAUGAAGACAUUUCAAAUGAGAUUUUCGAGUACGCAUAUUGCUGCCAUCCCAGCCAACCACAAGUUAGAAAACUAUUCGAGGAGGUUGAGGAAUAUUUGAUAGAUGGACCUCUGAAUCUUGAUGCUUUUUUCUAAAUAUUAUUUUACGAAAAUUCACAUGGUGACACAAAAUACCCAUAAUGAUUAUUGAUUAGUCACGGUCAUUAAUAAGAGAUGUUCUUGUUUCAAGAGUAUAGAAAUUUGUAAGCUUAUUAUUCGAAAAAUGUUUAAACAAUUUACAA